CUGCCAUACUUCAAAGGUUUCCAAAUAAAAGUGACAGAGUAAAAAAUCACCUAAAAAAAUGUAAGCAUUUUAUUGAAGAACAAAGUGGUAUAGAAAUGGUGUUCAAAAUAUUAGAUAUAAAGUUAGUAGAAGCGGGUGAAAAUUCAGAUAUGGAUGUUAAUAACAAAAGGCCUCGCAUAGAAAAAAUGAAAAAAGAAUCACUAGACAAAUUUGUUAUUCGGCCUUUAUCAAAGAAUGACAAAAAGAAACUAGAAACUCUCUUG